UUUUUAUGAAUUUUUAGACCAAAAAACAAGCGAUUAACAUUUCGAAACAUCGCAUUCAAUCUUCGAUUGAAUUGGUUCGCGUAUUUAAGUAGAAAACAUUGCCAAAAUUGAAUCAUAUUCAGAGAAGACCAUGGGUUUGUUAAGUCUGGUUUGCUGUGUGUUGGCGGUAUCGGGGGCUUUGGCACAAUCCAUACCAGGUGGAUGGGGCGAAACAAGACCCGUAGAUCAACGGACUUUACAAGUCGUAUAUUCUGUAAGAUAUGAAAUAAUGAGUAGGUUGUACUCCAUGAACAUCAUACCCACCGACUUCAGACCAAUACUGUACCGGGGACGGGUUGCUGCAGGGAGUGGCUACUUAGUCAAGAUACACAUUGGCUUUGGACGAUUUAUUCACGCCAAUCUUUUCGACCAUUUAAACGGACCGGUCGAGAUAUUGGACAUCGAGGUCGGCAAAACAUAUUAUGAUCCCCUUGAGUGAACCAAUGUACAUAUAAGGAGGACCAGUCUAUCAUUUCUGUAUCAC